GAUCUCGUUCGAUAACGAUCUUUUGCGAGAGUUUCAAGGACGAUACGAAAAGCUGGACGCUUUGCGAACCCGUGGCGAAAAUCCCCCUUCCCUGUCGUAAAAGUCCGUAAUUUUUUUAGCAUUUUGUCUUUCUUAUACACUUGCCUCCUCUUCGAAUUAUUGUUAUCAUUGGAAUAUUCCUGAAUUAUGUUAUAAAAGCCGGAUGGAAAUAUUAAUGCGUUAUAUUGUUCUAUACUACGGAGCGUCUAGGUGAGUUUAAAAAUUAAGCGGGUCGAGCCUUACGAAUUAUUUCAUACUCGGAUAAAUCAUUUAUAUCAUCUUCCCAAUAUACCUGCAAUCUACCUACCAAUCAAUUAACCUACCUAAGGAUGUGUCUGGCCUCUUGGUGGAGGCCAUGCUAUUAUUAUUAUAAGUUUACUAAGGUCCCUCCUAUGUAAGAACCGAGAAAUUUUUAGUUUCUUAUGGUCGGUCGGACCUUAACGUGUUCUGGUAAUUAAAAAAAAAUAAUAGAUAAAAAAAAUAUCAUAAACACGUAGAAAUUGUUUAAAGCCAUGACCUCAAAAGUCCUGGACAUGGUCGACCCAUUCACGAGUAAAGCGACCAUCAAAUCGAAAAGGCAGAAACGAUCUCAGGGAUCGUCGCAUUACAGAACUAAGAAUGCCCCCGAGCUGCAAGCUUUACCUCAUCUAAAGGAUACAUCACCCGCAGAACAGCAGGAACUGUUCACUAAAAAGCUUCAACAAUGUUGUUUAGUAUUUGAUUUUAUGGACCCUGUGUCAGAUUUAAAGAGUAAAGAAAUCAAACGAGCAUGUUUGAAUGAACUUGUGGAUUAUAUUACCGCUACACGAGGAAUUCUUACCGAACCUGUCUAUUCGGAGAUUGUAGGAAUGAUUGCUUGUAAUAUAUUUCGAACACUACCACCUAAUGAUAAUCCUGAUUUUGACCCAGAAGAAGAUGAUCCCACACUAGAAGCAUCAUGGCCCCAUUUACAGAUUGUCUAUGAAUUUUUCUUAAGGUUUUUAGAAUCUCCUGACUUUGUGGCAACUUCUGCUAAAAAAUUCAUUGAUCAAAAGUUUGUUCUUCAGUUAUUGGAAUUAUUUGACAGUGAAGAUCCUCGGGAGCGUGAUUUUCUAAAGACAGUACUUCACAGAAUUUAUGGCAAAUUUUUGGGUCUAAGAGCAUUCAUUCGCAAACAGAUAAAUAAUAUAUUUCUCAGGUUUAUCUAUGAAACAGAACAAUUUAAUGGAGUUGGAGAAUUGUUAGAGAUAUUAGGCAGCAUCAUUAAUGGAUUUGCCCUCCCAUUGAAACAAGAACACAAAUUGUUUUUAAUCAGGGUUCUUAUCCCAUUGCAUAAAGCUCGCAGCUUGAGUCUUUACCAUGCACAACUGGCAUACUGCGUUGUACAGUUCUUGGAGAAAGAUGCCUCUCUUACUGAAGAAGUUGUGAAAAUUUUAUUAAAAUUCUGGCCUAAAAGGUGUAGCAUAAAAGAGGUAAUGUUUCUUGGUGAAAUUGAAGAAAUACUUGAUGUGAUAGAACCACCACAUUUUCAAAGAAUCAUGGAUCCACUGUUCAGGCAAAUAGCCCGUUGUGUAUCCAGUCCACAUUUCCAGGUUGCUGAGAGAGCACUAUAUUACUGGAACAAUGAAUAUAUCAUGAGUUUGAUUGAGGAGAAUGCCGUUGUGAUAAUGCCAAUCAUGUUCUCAUCUCUUUACAAUAUCUCUAAGGAUCACUGGAACAAGACUAUAGUUGCACUGGUCUACAAUGUUCUUAAGACAUUUAUGGAAAUGAAUACCAAGCUCUUUGAUGAACUAUCUGCUAAUUACAAGUCAGAAAGACAAAGGGAGAAAAAAAGAGAGAAGGACAGAGAAGAACUGUGGAGAGAACUUGAAAAGCUUGAAGUUAACAACAAGACUAGAUUCAUCAACAAGACUCCAUCUUAACAGCUUGAUCACUGGACCUUAGCAACAAUGUGGUUUAAGUUUCUUGUGUUUUGGGGAGGGAUUGGGGGAGGAGACCACUGUUAAAACUGUGUGAAAAAAUAAAAAUAAUAAUGAUAACUAAAAUUUAAAAAAAAGAGAAAAACUUAAAAUUUAAAAAAUAUAAAGGAAUAAAAUUAAAGGAAAACACUAGAGGACUGUAGUGCCAAAAUUGUACAGCUUCUUGUACAUAGCCUGUGGAGAUCUAUGUCUUGGGCACAGCCGCUGUAAUUUAUUUCUUGGGUGUCUUGUAAGGCCUGAGCUGAAUGCUCCUAGAACUGACAGCCAUCUUAUUCCUGUCAAUGGCCUCUCUCUCUCUCUAUCUCUCUCCGUCAUCUGCUCCUCUCUACGUUGCAUAGUAAUUACAAACAAGACAGUAAAACACAUACAAACACACACAUAUAUAUAAGUAUAUAAACACACAUGCUUGCAUACAUGAACACACGAAAUAGCAAUCAAAAACUGUUGAUUGGGGAAAGAAAGAAAAAAAAAUUAUUUGCAUAAAUAUUUGAAAACUUUUUUUGAGAAUUUUUUCUUCUCUCUCUCUCUCUCUUUCUAUCUCUAUCUCUCUUCUUUCUCUUUCUACUAUAACUUCUCCUUCUCUUUAGUUUGAUUGGCAACCUUUAUCCAGUCUGGAAAAAGAUUUUAAUCUGAAUAAAAUAUGUAUUUAAACUGCUUUUCCUGUGUGUGUGUGUCUCUCUCUUUCUCUCUGUGUCUGUCUGUCUGCCUGUAUUUCUCUCAUAGUAUUUAUUAUUUUUUUUACAGCAUUUUAUAUAACAGAUUAAGAUAAAAAGACUCAUUAUAUUUCAGUGUUUAUUAUUCAAAGUAUUUCAUUAAAAUAAUAUGAAUUAAAUUUUUUUUUUUAAAUCUCCAAUUGAUAGAAUCUAAAAAGAAGUCAUCCCCAGUGCUGUGUCUCACUUCUCCUUUUUUUUUUUUCUUUGUAUAAAUUAGGCUUUCUCUCUAUAUUUUGCCUUAUUGGUAAAAUCCCUGAUUUUUGUAACUUUUGUUGGUUGUUGGCAAUUUAAUAUAUAGUUUAAUAUAAGUACUUUUUUUUACAUGCUAAUUAAAUCAUUGGCACAUGCACAUUGUCACACCUGCUCACACAUACUAAAUAGUACUUGACCAGUACAUAUUUAGUUGACUUUUAACAUGUGCAUUUAGUUAUGUUUGAUUAAACAACAACAUAAAUAGUAGUAUCUUUUUCUUUCUUUCUUUCUUUUUUUUUUUUUGUAAAUGACAAACAAGAGAUAAGCUCCUGAUGAUUCAGAUUAGUAACCCAGUUUCAAUUGAUGGCUGAGGGCCUUCUUCAUUUAUGCCCCCUAUUGCUCACUGUUGAGAAAGGCAUGGACAUCACACAAUCUCAUUUUCAUUAAAUGACUAGUGGCUUUGUGUCUCAGGAAUCGAUAUCUCUUUUCUUCCACCUCUCUUCUUAAAUGGAUUUUGCAGUAACUUGACUGCAUGUUUGGUAAGAUUUACACUUUUUCAUCUUUGGAAACAAAACUAUUUUUCAAUAUUUACACCUAUAUUGCGUAUUUGAUCAGAGAUCAAAUGAAUCAAAGUGUAGUGUAUAUGUAAAUAUUGAAAGAAAAUGUUAAUAGUCCAAACAGUUAUAAAUGUUAUUAAUAACUCAGUUUUGACAUUUAAUGAACUUUGAUGUUUCUAUCAAAGAGAGUUUAAUAUCUCUGAGGUCUUAAAUCCUUCCGCAGUUCAUUAAAGUAAGUACCAGUGACACAUUGGAUUUGAUUCACUUGUCUAUGCACCCUCCCUCUAGUAUGUUGGACCUUGUGCUUGGUCAAAAAAAAUCAUUAUUUUAUAAAACAGUGUAUUUUCUAAAUAUCACCAACAAUUAUAAAAUACUUUUAUAGGGAGGGGUGUUUGGCUGGGAUUUUUUUGUUUUACCUUUUUUUGUCCUUUUUUUAUGCAGAUGCUACUUCAUAUUGCAAUAUGCUGCCAUAUUCUUUACAACAAGGCUUACCCAACUUUGCAGGUGUAUGUAGCCUAUUAAUCUAGUGACUUGGUCAAUGUGAGGCUGAAAGCAGCUUUAUAUUAAUUAUUAAUAACACUUUGCAUUGCACAGAUGACUUUGCUAAGUUAUUGUUAUGUUAGUGAGAUUUUUUCGUUAUUGUUAGUGAGAUUUUUCGUUAUGUUAGUGAGAUUUUUUUCGUUAUAUAUAUAAAUAUAUAUAUAUAUAAUCUUUGGUACACAAGUUAGUUUAUAGUGUUGUGUAAAUUAUGAAUGUAAAUUCAUCCUACCAUCACCUCAUGUUCAAAUUGAAUGGAAGUUCGUGAGUAUAGUGUUUAUAUGUGUGUGUGUGUGUAUAAAAUCCAGUAUGUAUGUGUGUAUAUGAAUUGUUUGUUUCCAAGAGCAGUAGGUGCUCUUAAAGCUGGUACUGUACUUCAGCUUUGGUAUGAAUGUAUGCACAAGUGUAUUAAAGUGAUAGCAUGACAGUACAAAAUCCUCUAGAGGGUCUUUUUAUCCAUGUAUAUAUCUGAUUGCUACAUAUGUAUAUAUAUAUAUAUAUAUAUGAAUAUAUACAUACACACACACAUUAUUAUUAGUAGUAGUAUUGUUUAUUUGUGGUUUAGUGAAGACCUACUGGUAUUGAGUUUCUACUUCUUUGUUCCACUAAAUUCAUUCAGCUUCCCUAUGUUUAGUUAUAAGUUUGUCUUAAACUUUUCUAGAAGAUUUUUCACUGGAAGGUUGGGGUUGGGUGCGAUUUUGUGUAUAAACAAUCAUCCCCCUCCACCUAAACAUAUCCACAUUUAUUUAAAACUCGGAACAGCCUCUCUUGUUUAAAUUGGGUUUUGUUGCUUUCACCCCCUCUGCCCCUUUCAUUUUAAAAAGGGUUUCAGCUUUUGACAUGAAAUUACAGGAAGACUAAAAUUGUUUGGUCAUUUAUGAACAGUAUUUAAGCUACUACUAUGUAAAUUUAAUCUCCUUUAUUAUAUCACCAUGCUAAACCACAAUCUUGUUAAUGAACUUAUUCUGUGGCAAUUGAAAUCAGUAAAUUUUCAUGUUAUGAUAGAAGAACCUUUAUUUUCUAUACUUCAUAUCAUAUGAAACUGUAAUAAGAUUGUUAAUGUUUGUGUUUGUUGUUUUUUUCCUUUUGUUUUUUUUUUCUUUCCUUUCCUUGUGUUUUUUUUUUUAUUUCUGCUGAAAAUAUGUAAAAUGAAAAAAGAAGAAAAUAAAACUCUAUUUUGAGAAUUUAACAGUUAUCUGACCUGAACUGUAUUAAUUAAUCUGAAUCAUCUACUCAAUCUCUACCACCCUUACAUGUUUGUUGUUGUCGUCAUCAUCAUCAUCAUCAUCACAAUCAUCAUCAACAGUUCUAUGCCUGUCAGUAUGACUACAACAUUU